CUCCCCCCACAAUGGUGCACUAAGUUGAAGUAUGUGGACAAUACACAUCAACAUAGCCUGUUGCUGAGGAGGGAUAUAUCUGGGGCUCAAUGAGGAGGACAGCCUUCAUUCUGGGCUCUGGCCUGCUGACGUUUGUGGCUUUUUGGAACUCUGUGACCUGGCAUCUACAAAAAUUCUGGGGUGCCUCAGGACACUUCUGGCAAACCCAGUGGGAGAAGCUACUUUCUACUUUUGCGGAAAAGGAGUGGAUCCUCUUCUGUCUAGGUGUAGCUCUUAUUCCUUCCAUAGUAUUUUGGAGUUUUAAUGCCCUUCUUCUGGUGGUGGACACAACUGGGAAGCCACAUUUUAUCUCCCGCUACCGAAUUCAAGAUGGCAAGAAUGAUCCUGUGGACCCAACAAAACUCCGCCAGGCCCUCAAGACAGUCAUCUUCAACCAAUAUGUUGUCUCCUUCCUCAUGCUGGUGUCGUUCUACCCCUUCUUCAAGUGGCGAGGAGAUCCUUGCCGCCCUGAGCUGCCCACCUUUCACUGGUUCCUCCUAGAGCUGUCUGUCUUCACACUAAUAGAAGAAGUCCUGUUCUACUACACACACCGGCUCAUUCAUCACCCCAUAUUCUAUAAGCGAUUCCAUAAGAAACACCAUGAGUGGACGGCCCCCAUCGGUGUGGUCUCUCUCUAUGCUCAUCCUGUGGAGCAUAUGGUCUCCAACAUGAUGCCAGCCAUGUUAGGUCCCCUGGUAAUGGGCUCUCAUCUGUCCUCCAUCACCAUGUGGUUUUCCUUGGCUCUCGUCGUCACCACCAUUUCUCACUGUGGCUACCAUCUGCCUUUUCUGCCUUCACCAGAAUUCCAUGACUACCAUCACCUCAAAUUCAACCAGUGCUACGGAGUGCUGGGGGUACUUGAUCACCUGCAUGGGACUGAUACCACAUUCAAGCAAACGAAGGCCUAUGAAAGACACGUGCUGCUACUGAGCCUUACUCCUCUCUCUGAGAGCAUCCCUGACCCACCCAAGAAGAUAGAGUGAGAUGGCACGGGCCGCUCACCCUCAUCCCCACUGCUCCUGGCAGGGGGCCAGCCCCAUUAGACCUAGGAUGUCUCCCUUGAUGAACCAGAGCUGAUAAUUCUGCCAAAUGACUUUCUAAUGAGACAGAUAAGGAAACAGACCCAGAAAAAAACAGCUUGUCCAAGGUCACAAGAAGGGUAAUUUGCAGAGCUGGUAUAUGAACCCAGGUUCUCUAACUCCAAAUCCAGGGAUCGUUCCGCUGUUACAAAUUUUAAAGUUCAUUCUCAAAUGAAUCUCAAAGUUCAUUCCCUUUUCUACCUUCCCACUCUCCAGAACAUGAUACACCUUGUGCUUAUCAUGGCCAGAGAAGAUUCUCUUCAGCUAUCUCCCAAGGAUCCCUUCCAAGAUUAUCUCAAAGUACCCCAGCCAAAAGCUGGGUCACUUGCAUUUAGUCUCAGAGUACGACUCUGAGCUUGAGGCCACUGUUGGUGUCCCCUGUAAUCCAUGUCUGCAAAUAAAAAAAACAAAACUCCAACAAAACUUCAGAAGUACUGUCAAU